CAACAUUUUUUUGUGAUUUUUUGUGAAUUUAAGGAAAACUGUUCACAGCAUACAUUUAUUUCACAUAUUUUAAGGCACUUAAAAAAAACAUCAGACUGUAUCCUGUCCUUUCCAAAAAUGUGACUAUGUUACCAACAAUUUAUCAACCUUUACGUCACACACAAGCAGAAAGCACAAAAACUCAAAAGAUAUAAAAAACUGUAUUAGACUGAUUUCUCAUGCAGAUGCAUGUCCUAGUGAAAGUACCUCCCCUGAUGAAUCCUUAAAUACCUCUCAGGAGCCAGAGACAUUACCAAGUGGUUCAGGUGUAGCAUCAAGUGAUAAACAGGACAAUGAGUUUGUAGAUUACCAAUAUCUUGAACAUAAAAUAGCUAGACUUUUUCUAUGCAUGCAAACAUUGUUACAUGUUUCUAAAAGUGCUUUGCAGAGAAUUAUUGAGGAAAUUAGUGACAUUUUAAAAUUUUCUCAGGUUCAUUCAUUUCAAAGAAUCAAAGAGGUGCUUGCUGAACAGAACAUUGAGGCAGAUGAUGAUGUAAUUAAAAAUAUAAAUGAUGCACUUUUCAAAACCAACCCAUUAAUUAUCUCAACAGAACCAAAAGGUGCAUUAUCUACUGAUUACAAGAGAAAUUUUUAUUUCAAGAAUAAUUUUCAUGUAAUUGAGCCUAAAGAGUACACCUACAAAGCGAGAACUAGAAAUACAUUUGUUUAUGUCUCAGUAAACCAGGUCUUGGAGAACUUAUUGAAAGAGAAAAGUUUCUUUGAAAAGUUAGCAUUUGAUAAAGAAAUUAGUGAAGGUUACAGAUCAUUUAGAGAUGGGCAGUAUUUCAAAAACAACAAGCUUUUAGGAUUGCAAGAUACUUGCAUUAGUUUAGCUUUGUAUAUUGACGACUUUGAAAUAUGCAACCCUUUAGGAACAUCUCGAAAAAUUCAUAAAAUAACUGCCGUUUAUUGGGUUGUACUCAACUUAUCUGCAAGGUUUCGUUCUACAUUGCCCUCAAUACAGCUUGCUCUUCUUGGUAAAAGUGUGGACGUUAAACAGUUUGGGUAUGAUGCUUUUCUUUAUCCACUCAUUGAGGAUUUAAAAUGUCUUGAAAGCACAGGGGUGUACGUUGAAUCUUUAAAUAGUUUUUUGAAGGGAACUGUAUUUUGUGUCUGCAGAUAACCUUGGGGCUCACAGCCUUGCAGGCUUUUUGGAGUCCUUUAAUGUCGACAAGUUUUGUCGAUUUUAUAGUAUUGAUAAACAUCAGAUUGCAACUCUUGAUCCUACAGAAUUUCCAUUAAGAACUGUGGAACAGCAUAACAUUUUUCUAGAAGAGCUUGAGGCUGGUCAAAGACAAAGUGUGUGUGGUGUCAAAGGUUCCUGUGCCUUAAGUGCGUUGUCCUAUUUUCAUCCAGUCACUGGAUUUCCUCCAGAUAUAUUACAUGAUUUCUUUGAAGGUGUUGUCCCUGUGGAAUUGUGUUUGUGUCUUCAAGAUUUAAUCAGAAAGGGUUUUAUCACAUUUGAAGGACUAAACAAACAUAUAAAAUCAUUUCCAUAUAAAUUCUCUGAUAAGCUCAACAAGCCACAACAAAUUACAAAAGCUAGUUUUGGAACAGGAAGAGUGAGUGGCAAUGGACAUGAAAACUGGACACUUUUGCGUUUGCUGCCUUUUAUCAUUGGGACCCGUAUACCAGAACAUGAGCCAUCAUGGGAAAUAUUGAUGGACCUUAAGGAGCUUGUUGAGAUUGUUGUCUCGACAACUCUAUCAGAAGAAAUAUUGUCAUACUUGGACACCAAAAUAUUGGAUCAUCGACGACUACUGACAGAGACUUUUCCUGAUUUUAAUUUGAAGCCAAAACACCACUAUAUUGAACAUUAUAGUCAUCUUGUGCGUUGUUUUGGUCCCUUAGUUGAUUUGUGGACUAUUCGAUUUGAAUCUAAGCACAACUUUUUCAAGAAAACUGUGCAUGAUGUCCAAUGCUUUAAGAAUAUACUACUAACACUUUCUUCGAAGCAUCAACAAAUGAUGGCAUACUUCUUAGAUGGUCACAGUCUUUUUAAACCAAGUCUGCAUGUUGAUAAUAUUGACACAGUUGACAUCUGUUUCUUGAAUGAAACUCUUCAGAAGUGCUUGAAACUGAAAUAUCCACAUGUAAAAGCUGUGUCAUUUGCUAAAUGUGUUUAUCUGUAUGGGACCCAGUAUGUUAAAGGCAUGAUCAUUUCAUCAGGACAACUGAGUGGACUGCCUGAGUUCUACAAGAUACUGAACAUUUUGGUAGACUCUGGGAAAGUGUCAUUUGUUGCUACAAAGCUCUCCUCUUGGUUUAUGGAACAUUACAGAUCAUAUCGGCUUGACAGCAGCUACAAAGAUCUGGAAAUACUUGACCCAGAAGAUUUGAAUGAUUACCACCCUUUAGCUGAAUACUGCGUAGCUGGACAACUGAUGGUGACACCUGUUACGUGCCUCCUGCAUUGAAAGCGAUGGCCCUGUUACUGCGAGUCCACGUCAGUCCAAAACUUAUCAGAAAAAUCCAACUGUCCACUGUUCCAGAAUCUGUGAAGCAGCUUCAAGAUGAACUACAAGCAAAGCUUGGACUUGAAGGUGACUUUGCAAUACAAUAUGAAGACCCAGAUUUUGGGAACGCACUUUGCAACCUGAUGGAUAUUAAUGAGCUACCCGCUGGACGGGCAGUGUUGCACCUCAUUUGGGAGGAAAAUGCAUCAGCCUCGCCACCACAGACUCCAUCUGAUCAUAGCGCCAUCUCAUCUAUUGAUACAGCCAGUGUGAGUUCAGCAUCUUCUUUCAGCCCAUCCUCAUCCACCCAUACCUACAUGCGUAGCACUUCACAGUGGCCAAAUCCAUUUCCUAUCCCAAUCUUUUCCUAUGAUGUAGAGUUAAAACUUCGCAAGGGCAAUGAGGUAUAUGAGAAAGCAGGGGCAAAUUUAAGUGUAACAAGAGACAUCAAGAUGGAAAUUCUAGACAAGCUGGCACAAGAAAUGUUUGCAAUCAAAGCCUACCCUGACAAGAAUGAAAUAACAUCUGUUGCCCAGGAGCUAGUUUCCAAACAUCCCUGCCUCAAAGAGCCCGGCAAUGGCACAGGAUAUGAUGGCUGGGCAACAAGCAUUAAGUUCAAGCUUGGCAACUACCGUUCCAAGCUAAGUCAAGCUGGAUGUAGUGAAGUUGCAGUCAAUCGAAAAAGAAGAGGGGAAGAAGAUGACAGUGGAUCAAAUAGAUUUUCCUUAAAGAAACCAAAGCGAGGUGAAGUCAACUUUAUCCCUGAUGCCCCAGAAAACUACAAUGAUGAGUCUCUUGAAAAUGAAAGAUGCAUUUUGGAAGAUGAAAUGAAGAAGAGGGAUAAGAACAUGGCACUCAUCACCCAAAAGAUGGACAUCACAUUCUCUCUCAGAAGGAAAGAAGUUGUGGAGAUGCAGCCCUUGGUCAAGGAAAUGCAGCUCAGAUGGCCAGCUCUCUUCUUGAAAGAACAGAUUUGUGCGGAAUUCUCACGCAUUACCACCAAGGAUCUCAUGGGGACCUUCAUGACUGCCCUCGACACUUACUCACUUCGGCUGAUUAAGCUGUAUCGAGUUAGAAAAGCUGCUUUCCGCAAUGACAUGGAUUCCCUGUUGCAGAAGUUUGAUGAACAGGUCUCAAACAUAGUCCAGCAUCGACGAACCAUCAGUUUGGAAGGGUUACCGAUAUUUGUUCGCGACGAUGAGACCAAACUCUUCUUAACAUGUCUGGAUACAGAUCCAGUUGAGAGGGUAACCCGAGGUGUUACGGUGGGCAUCCUCACUGUUCUGGAGGACUACGUGGGACCCAACUCGCAGUCCACAGUGAUCAACACUGCCAUUGUUCUGGAAGAGGACAUUAUUCUUGAUGAUCUGCCAGACCUUCCUACUGCCUUUGCCUACCUGUUUGGCCUACUUUAUGGGCUCAACAUGGAGUUUCCCAAAGAACUCAAGUACACAUUUGAAGCUGUGCAACACAUUUUUAUGGAGUUGACAUCUACCUGUUCCCAGAGGAUAAGAAGCUUCAAAACCAAGCUCUUAACCAAAGUCUAACCUAUUUGACAACAUGUUCAACUCAAAUGCAACUUGUGUAAAACAGAAUGCAGCAAUUUGUUUUGAUUUACAGUUUUUGGGUUUUGUGGUAAGUUGCUCUGAAAAAAGUUAAUUUCUGGCUUUAAGAAAAUGGUAAGGUGCAGAAAGUUUUGAAUCAAUCUCUUCUGUUCUAACUUUACUUAAUGUAGCUUGCAUGACAGAUUGCAGAUUUCAUGUAUAACAAGUUUUUUAUAAAAUGUUGAAAGGGUUUAUUCUAACUUGAACUGUUUUAAGCAAUUUUUAUAAUCUGGUUUUAGGUACAUUUGUACUAGUUUUAUAACAAAUGUGGCGCGAUACUGAACUUCAGAGGAAAUUAGAGUGUUGAUACAUUACUAUUAAAAGACAAGUGGUGGAAAAAUUUGUUUGAAAGUUGUUUGCUGUAUGGAAACCAGAUAUUCACAUACCAGAUGUUCACAUCCUGCCAUCUGAUGUUUUGAAUCUGUUUGUUAGUGACUAUCUAUCAAGAUAGGUUUGAUAUUCUGUCUGACAAUACCACACCUUUAAAAUUGAAUGAGUAACAUUUGUUACAAAAAUUUGACUUUUUGUGUUUUUGGAAGGACUUUAUUUGUGGCUGAAUGUUGUCAGUAUGUUAAAAAUGGCUCAUCUCAAAAGUCAA